CAGUUAGGGUUCGGUGUCGGACGCCCAAUUUCGCGUGCAUUUGAGGGCAACGAUUUUACCAUGAUUCUUCCGCUCUCAUAUUGACCUCAUCUUCCGCCGCCGACGCCGGAGAAUUUCGCCAUCUAUACGCCGCCUCAUCGGGCUUGUUUGUUCGCCGUGAUGUAUCCUUCUCGGGGAACCAAUCGCUAUGGCCAACAGCAGCCGUACACUCCCCAGUCCUACACACCGCAAAAUCUGGGCGCCGCUUCCCUACUGGGAGGAAGCCACCAAGAAGCGGAGUUGGCUAGGUAUAGGGCUCGUGUAAACGUUCCUGGGCAUCCUUCAUCGGCGGUCGCCGCUGCCGGCGCUGCAGGGGCAGUGCCUACGCCGCAGGCUUACAGCGGACAAUACGGUUCUGUCUAUGGCUCUAGCGCACAGCAGGGAUCUGCAACAACUAAUUUGGAAGGUCGGAGUAAUUAUGGAUCAUCGAUGGCAGAGUCGCCCAAGUAUGCAGCUGAGUAUGUCUCAUCAUCAAGUCGUGCCUACGGUCAGAAGGUUGAUCAAUUGUAUUCAGAUAGGAUGUCUGAAUAUCCAUCUGUUGACAGACGUUCGUAUACUGAUCGCCACAGUGCAUAUUUAGGGAGGGAUUUAACUAGUGAGACGUCUGAUAGAUAUGAUAAUCAGUCUAAGCUGUAUGGUCGAAUGGAGCAAUCAACAGUGCUUAGGCAAGAAGAAAUGUUAAAAGCCCGCACACUGCAGUCUGCUUCUAUGGAGGGUGGAACUAGACAAGCCGAUUAUCUCACCACAAGGACUGCAGUUCGUCUUCCUGCCCAAGAUCCUAUUGCAUAUGCUGCAAGAGGUGAACUCGAGCCGCAUAGUUUAUCAAUUUUAGGUGGCUCAUCGUACAGUGGACAGCAUACACCAUCAAUUUUAGGAGCAGCACCACAACGGAAUGUCGAUGAUCUUGUUUAUACCCCAAGUUCUUCAAACCCUGGCUAUGGAGUGAGCUUGCCUCCUGGUAGAGACUAUGGAGCAGGGAAGGGGCUCCAUGGAACGUCACACGAAUUAGAAUAUCGACCUAGCAUGUUGGGGCGAGCUGAUCACCCAAGACUUGAUGAUAGGAAAGAUGACAGAGCAACAUAUGCAAGGGAGUUGGAACGAAGAGAGAAAGAUAGGGACUACUUGCGCGAGCGUGAAAGAGAAAGAGAAAGAGAGAAGGAGCGACUGCGCGAACGAGAACGGGAGCGAGAGCGAGAACGAGAACGGGAGCGUGAACGAGAACGAGAACGCGAAAGAGAACGUGACAGGGAACGCGAAAGACAACGUGAAAGGGAACGAGAAAGAGAACGGGAGCGGAGGGAGAGGGAGAGAGACCGAGAACACAAGCGUGCACCUGAAUUCAGGCAACUCACACCUCCUCGAGUCUCUAGAGAGCGCAGAGGUUCAUCUUUGGCAAAGGAUAUCAUCAGACCUCUGACACGGGACUCCCCUCGUCGUGAAGUGGUGCAUAGGCACCAUUCCCCUGUCAAAGAAAAAAGGAGAGAGUAUGACUGCAAGGUCUUCUCAUUUAGUUUUGUGGAAGCUGAGAGGGAUUAUCUAUCACUGGACAAGAGAUACCCCCGACUCUACAUAUCUCCUGAAUGCUCAAAGGUAGUUAUUAAUUGGCCAAAGAAGAGUCUGCACCUCUCCUUGAGUACCCCUGUGAGUUUUGAGCAUGACUUUGUUGAGGAGGCUACUGUGGAGGGGAAAGAAUCUCAUAGUACAGAAGGUACAACAGAUAUUUUGCAAUCUGGAGCCCAAAAUACAGUCUGGAAUGCCAAGAUUAUUUUGAUGAGUGGGCUGAGCAAAAAUGCGCUGGCAGAGCUGUCAUCUGAAAGACUCUAUGAUGACCGUAUUCCUCACUUUUGCAAUAUGCUUAGGUUUGCUGUUCUUAAGCAGACUAAUAUUCUGAGGGCUAUUGGCGGCCCUUGGGAGCCAGUGGAUGGUGGAAAUCCUUCCGAUGAUAACUCUUUAAUUCAAACAGCUAUCAGGUAUGCAAAGAAUGUAGCAAAUCUUGAUCUGAAAAGCUGUCAGCACUGGAACCGUUUUCUCGAGAUUCAUUACGAGAGAGUUGGAAAAGAUGGACUCUUCAGUCACAAAGAGGUAACUGUUUUUUAUGUCCCAGAUCUCUCAGACUGUCUUCCUUCACUGGAUACAUGGAGAGAACAGUGGCUUAGUUAUAGAAAGGUUGCUGCUGAGAGGGAGCGCCUGAAUUCCCUCAAGAAAGAGAUACCUAGAGACAAGGAAGAAGGCUCAAAAGAUAAGAAGAAACUUCAACAGAAAGAUAGUGGAGUAACGGCUGAUAGUAAAAAGGACACAGUUGCAAGCAAACAGAAAGGGAAAGGAGUUUCUGAGCAGGGAAAUGAGAAAGAUGAAGCAGAUCAAGAGAAAGCUGGGGUAGGACCUCCAGAAGGAGAUAAGGUUCAAGAGGAAAAUUCUAGUGUUCAGACAGCAGUUAGUACCAAACCUGGAAAGAAGAAAAUUAUAAAAAGGAUAGUUAAGAGGAAGGUUGCUAAGAAAAAAGAUGGUGUUGAAACUUCUACUGAGCAGAAUGAUGCACUAGACAAAGAGGAUACUGGAGGAAUAAAUGUGAGUAUUGAAGGUGAUGCACAAAAAGAUAGCUCCCCAGUAAUUAAAACAUUUGUGAGGAAGAAGAUUGUGAAAAAGUCAGUGAAUGCUGCUCCAGAAACAGAUGAAACAUCAAAUCCUGCAGUAGAGACAAUCAAGGAACCUGAGAGUGCUGAGGGUAUCAAAUCUGAAGAGACAAAUCAAGCGGUCCAAGAGGGCAGCAUCAAAAGCACCGUAAAGAAGAAAGUAGUUAAGCGGGUUCCAAAAAGAAAGGCUGUCUCUGCAGAUGAUAGUACCAAGGUGGGUGAAGAUGAUGUGAAAGUGGAUCAAACAAUAAAUCAGCCUGAAAAAGAUGUUAGGAGUGAAGAGAAAGGAGAAUCUGAUGGAAGCCAGGUAAAUAAGGUCAUUUCAAAAGGCACCAAGACACCAAAAAUGGUGCCAGCCAACAAGGAAGAGAAAAAUGUAGAAACAAAAGAUCUGCCUGGGUCUACAUUGGAGGUCAAUAAUGGUGCAAAAUCCAAUGAAAAGGAGCACCUGAAAGAUGACAAAGAUAAGAAAGAUGAUAAUGGGAACAAAUCAAGAAGUAUGAGUUUAACAGCAACAGAGAAGAAAAGAAUAGACGACCCUCCUAGGCAUCCUGGCUUGAUUCUUCAAACAAAAGCAAGCAAGGGGUCUAAAUUGCAAUCCUUAUCACUUUCAUUGGAUUCACUCUUGGAUUAUAGUGACAAGGAUAUUGAAGAAUCAAAUUUUGAGUUAUCUAUAUUUGCAGAAUCCUUGUAUGAAAUGCUUCAAUAUGAGAUGGGUUGUCGACUUUUGUCUUUCCUCCAGAAGUUGCGGAUAAAAUUUGUUGCGAAGAGAAACCAACGAAAGAGGCAGACUAAAGAAACCUCCCAAAAAGAAGAUGAGAGCCCAUCAAGCAAGCGUGUUAAGACGGAUAAGACAGGUGAAGAUGUGAUGACAACUAAAAAUGAAAACACUGAUGACACACAUAAAAAUGAGAGGAGCCCUUCAAUCAAGCUUCCUACGACGGAUAUGACAAUGGAGGAUGUGAUACCUAAAACAGAAAAGACUGAUGAUGCUCCUGAAGAUGUGGAGAACCCACCAAGCAAGUCUGUUGAGACAGAUAACGCAACUGAACAUCUGAUUACAGCGAAAACUGAAAAUACCAACGACGCUCACGGAGAUGCCAGCACCAUUAUCAAAGAAGAGACUAAUGAUGUUGAAAAGGUUGAUGAGCCUAAGAAAGAGAAUGAAACCCAAGAGGAAGAGCCUGAGGAAGAUCCUGAGGAAGAUGAAGAAAUGCCUUAUUCAAGGGAGCAUGUCGACUCAGCCAAAGAGGUUGAUUCGCUAAAAAAGGAUGCUGAUUUUGUUGGUGAAGAUGUUACUCAAAAUGAGCAGAAUGAGCCGCAGGAAAGUGCAAAGCCAGCUUUAGAGACAACUACCAAUCUUGACCCAAGCUAUACGGAGAAUUUCACCAAGGUGGAACCAAAGACAGGCGGAAACCAGGGUGGUGCUGACAAGGAACUGUUGCAGGCUUUUAGGUUUUUUGAUCGCAACCGUGUUGGAUACUUGAGGGUUGAAGAUCUGAGGUUGAUCAUCCAUAACUUGGGGAUGUUCCUCUCGCACCGGGAUGUCAAGGAACUUGUGCAAAGUGCACUUUUGGAAAGCAACACUGGCAGGGAUGACAAGAUUCUAUAUGAUAAACUGGUAAAGAUGUCAGAUGUUUGAAAUCAGAGAAUGCGCUCGGUACAUCAUGUUUCAAUCAGAUGUUUGAAAUCAGAGAAUGCGCUCGGUACAUCAUGUUUCAAUCAGAUGUUUGAAAUCAGAGAAUGCGCUCGGUACAUCAUGUUUCAAUUCUUUCCAGUUUUGUGAGAAUUUCAACUGAAAAAAGAAGGGGCUGCUACCUUGAAAUUCUUGCAUGGUUCUCUUUAUAGUCAGUUUUUCUUUCAACUUAUAAUUCGAAUGGUUUAGGCCAAGUCUCUUCUUUGAACCGCAUAACGACUUGAUAAAGAUGAUGAUUAUUUGCAAUAUGUAUUGCCAUGUGUUUCCAUCAAAUAAUGUUCUCUUCACUCUU